AUGAUGGAGCCCGUCGCCGGAUCGCCGCCGUCCGAGCGCCCGCUCGAAGGCCUGCUGGUGGUCGACCUGAGCCGCUACCUACCGGGCCCGCUGGUGACCCGCCUGCUGGCCGAUCUGGGUGCUCGGGUGCUAAAGAUCGAAGAGCCUGGCCUGGGUGACCCUUCGCGGCAGGCGCCACCUGCGCCGGACGGCCAAAGCUCGCUCGCGACGCUCUUGCUGGCGGGUCACGAAAGCGUCGCCCUGGACCUCGGCAAAGCCGCCGCUCGCGACGUGCUAGACGGUCUGCUGGAAUCCGCCGACGUGCUGGUGGAGAGUUUUCGCCCCGGCAAGCUGGCGACCUUUGGUCUGGCGCCGUCGGAAUUGCGACAACGGUUUCCCGGGUUGGUGAUCUGCUCGGUCACCGGCUGGGGUCAGCAAGGGCCUAACGCCGGACGAGCAGGCCACGACCUGGGCUACCAGGCGGUGGCCGGCAGCCUAGCGGCCGGCAGUGGCAUGCCGGCGGCGCAGACCGCUGAUGUGGUCGGUGCCUGGAGCUCCGCAAACGCCAUCUUGGCGGCCCUGUGGCGGCGCCAGCAGACCGGCGCCGGCAGCUGGAUCGACAGCGCCCUGCUCGACGCCGCCGGCCACGCCAACUUGACCGGCUUGGCUGCCGAGGCCGGUGCUGCGAAGCAAGUAGGCGACCGACUGAUGCUCACCGGCGCCUUGCCGUGCUACGACCUAUAUCGCGCCCGCGAUGGCCGGCCGGUGGCUAUCGCAGCCCUCGAAGCCCGGUUUUGGAAGACCCUCUGCAAUGCUGUUGGCCGUCGCGACCUGGUGCGCCACCGGCUCAACCAGGAUCCUGAGAUCAAGCACAAGAUCGCCGAUUUGAUCGCCGGUAAGAGCGGUGAAGAAUGGGCUCAGCUAUUCGCCGAGCACGACAUUCCGGCCGAGCUGGUGUUGUCGCCGGCCGAGGCUCGGCAGCAUCCCCAGGUAGAAGCUCGUGGGAUGGUCGAAGCCGGCGCCGAUGGCUUCGACCGGCUGGCCUAUCCAGCGCUGAUCGACGGCACCCGCCCGCCCGCCGGAGGCGCUUUGCCGGAGCUCGGUCAGCAUACCCGGGCGGUGCUGGAAGAGUUCGGCUUGGGCUUCGAAGGCUCGGCCUUCAAGCGCCGCUCGCAGGGGGUUGGCCGACGCUCGAGCUUCAAGCGCUGGGUUGCCAAGGUGAUUCUGAAGCGCCGCCCGGGAGGUCGCUGA